AUGCUAUCAAGAAGUAUGAGACUGGUAGUCAUGAAUGUAUCAGAUUUAAGGGUCAAGCUGUACAGAAUGUUUUUGAAUGCCUACAAGCUGUUUGAAAUAAACAAACAGAAGAACAACAAUCACAUAUUUGCAAAAUCAUUCUUGACAAAUGAUAUUGGGACCCUGAAUAAUAGUACUUUGAGGCUUGUUGACAUUGAGAAUAUUGACUUGGAGCAUAUUCACAACCUUACAAAUGAGAUGUCUGAUAUUGAUGGAGACAGAGACAAUGAGGCUGAUGGAGAUAACAGAGAUGACAGAGAUAAUAAAGAUGAUGGAGAUGAUAGAAAGAGCAGUCCUCAUGUUCUUGAGAAUACAGAGCACAAGAAGGCCAGAAAAUAA